GACUUUCUCGCUUGCCGUCGGUCGUUCCCGGAAGUGCUUUUAUAACUUGCUUACGGCUCUGCAGUUUGUGUUUGACAGCAUCCUGGGUUCAAGCCGAGAUUUUUUCCUGCACGACGUGGACCGAAAUCUUCAUUAAAAUGUCUGGAGGGGCCCGUUUGGAAAAUGCCAACCCGGUGAUCUUCCAACGGUCCGGGGAGAGGCUGCUCACCGCCUCGGAGGAGGACGAAGAUGUUCACGAUCCCAUCGACGACAGAGAAAUAUUCGAUCUGAUUAGAUCCAUCAAUGACCCAGAGCAUCCUCUGUCUCUGGAGGAGCUCAAUGUCGUGGAACAAAUACGAGUCCAGGUCGAUGAUGCAGGAAACACUGUAGGUGUUGAGUUCACUCCCACCAUCCCUCACUGCAGCAUGGCGACACUCAUCGGUCUGUCAAUCAAAGUCAAGCUGCUGCGCUCACUGCCGGACCGAUUCAAAACUUGGUGCACGUGGCAGAGACCUGGGGGUCAAUCUUGUUCAAAAGGUAAGGGUAAACUGAAGUCUGUGUAAUAUUUAGGGUCCGAGGUGGGCAUAUGCAGCACAUCAAUACAC